AUGCCGCCCAUCUCACCACUGUUCCCGAUUGGAGAACUCCUCUCACGCAAUGUGACAACGACAGACGGCUCAAGUCCUGGGCUGCACGUUGUAUGUGCUUGGCCAGUAAGCGGACAAUAUGGUCCGGGUUCAAGAGUGCUUCGUACUCANGGAGCCGUGGAUAUGGACAUCUAUGGAGCUUUCCAGUUAUGCUCUUUGGGCAUCCUAGCAGCACCAGCGACUGUCAAAAAUUCACGGACAUAUUUCCUGGAUCCUGGUCGAAACAUCAUCUUCCUCUGGACCAUUCUCAUUCUUUCUGCUAUUCUAACGCUCAUAUCCAUGUGGAACAAGAUCCUCGAGAUCAAUUGGAAAUCACGCCAUGGAAGAGAGACGGAGAAGGAUCCGGAAGAGAAGAAGGUGAAGGACAUCAACAGUCUCAUCAAACGCUUGUUGAACGUCAUCGAAGCUCCGUUGUUUGGUGUCGCGGUAGUGGUGAUUCUCAUUCUUGGCGAAAUAAACUUGUUCAGCGAACAGUUCNNAGGUCAAUGGGCGCCGAUCGUUGGAACAGGACUCGCCAUGAUGGGAUCCCUCGUCGUAUAUGUGACAUCGACGUCUGCUGGAUCCGAGACUGAGUCAGUCACUGGCCAGCCUCACGAUGGCACAGACGAAAACUCCAUCUCUAAUUCAUCUCGUCCUGAGAGCGUUCGUCCAGAUACUCAUGACUCUAAUCACAGCAGGAUAAAGUCCAACGCUUUGACGCAUGUCAACACAGCCGGAACCAAUCUGACAGACAGACCAGCAGAUAGGGGAGGCCGACGUAAAGUUUCCGAUUUCUUGCACAAGGUCGGCGAUUACAUGGGCACCCCUGGAAAGGGUCGUUUCGAUAAUCCGUCUUCAAGGCGUGACUACCACAACUAUCCCACAAUUCCUGGUCAAGAAUUUCGAGACGGGGACCUGACGAAUACUGAGCGACGAUACACAUCAGGACGUUUAUCACGAUCCGCUAGUCGUGCUUCAGAUACGCGGAUUGCUAUUCCCUCUUCAGACGAUCAUACACAGCGGCGGUCACGGUCCGACUCAAUGGGAGCAAGAUCGAUCGACAGUCAGGAACCUAUCUCGCCUCUCACAUAUGCUACUCCAGCAAUAAUAACUCGGGAUCGGAGCAAUACUCUGGAGGUGCCUACCCCAGCUCACUUGUCCACCCGAUAG